AGUUGUCUGUCUUUUUUAAUUUCGUCGUUAGAAACGAGCUGAACUGUUUCCCAGCCAUUAAGUCAAUUCAUUACGACACCGGAAUCACACGCACACUUGUUAUUAUACAUAAUUAAGAAGUUUCCGAUAAUGUCUAAACUUAAUCAUAUUACCACAUUAUCCGUAGUUGUUUAUCGAUUGAGUCAUUUCUUUUUUUAAUGUUUUUUUCUUGUUUAAUUGUAAAAAAAAAAAGGCACCGAGAAAUGAACGAAUGAAGCGGUUUUCAAAACAAACCAACAUGAGGACGUAGAACUGGCCAAAAUUAUCUCGUUCUUUUCGAAAAUUUCUUUUAUUUAAUAGCUUUAUUUAUUUCACUUCUCCCAUAAACCAUGUCUGCGACUGUGGAGGGAAAUACAGAACGGUACAAACAGUUGCAAAACAUAAAAACCAAGUCUUGUGCCUUACCCAAAGAACGUGACCAGGGUGAUGGGGCUCCUGAGGGGAAGUCUACAAAGAAAGAACAGAAACCAUUCUCUGUCAAGUUGGAACUAGAUUUGGUCCAGAUUUUCUUAUUCAUUGGUGCUUUGGCUACAAGAACAUGGCAGAUUGAACUUCCUCGUGCUGUUGUGUUUGAUGAGCUUCAUUUCGCUAAAUUCGUUUCAUUGUAUCUCCAGAAUAUAUUUUUCUUCGACAUCCAUCCUCCCCUGGGGAAGCUGUUGUUAACACUGGCAGGACACUAUACAGGAUUUCAGGGAAACCUAAGUUUUGAUCGGAUUGGAACUGAAUACCCAUCAACAGUCCCAGUCAGCCAGUUGCGAUUACUACCAGCUAUAUUAGGGAGUCUUCUGGUUCCGCUUGUUUACCAAAUUGUUGUAGAACUUCAUCUCUCUCGAUGGGCGGCACUUUUAGCUGCAAGCUUUGUGUUAUUUGACAAUGCCAUCCUUGUGCAGUCUCGUUUCAUCCUGAUGGAAGGCAUGCUUCUCUUCUUCAUAGCAUUGGCCCUGCUCUGUUUUCUAAAGUUCCACCACAUGCCUGAACAGGAAUUUCGUCUUCAGUGGUGGUUAUGGUUGACUAUAACUGGGCUUUCAUUGACGUGUGCAUUCAGCAUUAAAUAUAUUGGUAUGAUGACUUUCAUCCUUGUGUUGCUGUCAAUUUUCAAAGACUAUUGGUUAAUGUUAGCAGAUAUUCUCAAAUCUGAUUUGUGCCUCAUUCAACAUUUCUUUGCACGCUUCAUGUGUCUGUGUAUCAUUCCUGCAUUCCUCUACAUUGGAAUAUUCUUCAUACAUCUGAGCAUUCUCACCAAAGCUGGACCCCAUGAUAACGUCAUGACCAGUGCGUUUCAGGCUAGCCUUGAGGGUGGUUUGGCAGCACUGACCAAAGGCCAGCCACUAAAUGUAGCUUACGGGUCACAAAUCACGUUGCGCUACAACAACAAUCCAUCACCUGGUCGACCUUGCUGGUUACAUUCCCACCCACACGUCUACCCGAUCCGAUAUGUAGAUGGCCGAGGCAGCAGCCACCAACAACAAGUGACCUGUUACAUCUUUAAAGAUCUCUACAACUGGUGGAUUAUUAAACAUCCAAACAGCAACACGUUAAUGGUAAAUGACCCUCCACAGCCAGUGAAACAUGGAGACUUAAUCCAGUUGGUACAUGGAUUAACAGGCAGAGCAUUAAACAGCCAUGAUGUAGCAGCACCCAUGAGUCCACAGAACCAAGAAGUCUCUUGCUACAUCGACUACAAUGUAUCGAUGCCAUCACAAAACCUCUGGAGAGUCGAACUUGUGAAUCGUGAUUCUGACCAAGACAAUUGGCAAACCAUUAACAGUUUAUUGAGGUUACACCAUGUCAAUACAAGUCAAGCACUUAAGGUGUCUGGCAAGCAGUUACCAGAAUGGGGGUUCCAUCAGCUGGAAGUGGUCACAGAUCGAAUCGCAGAACAGGACCCCACUAUUUGGAAUGUGGAGGAACACCGCUACACCAAAGCUUCUGGUAAAGAAGGACAGACCCGAGAGUUGAGUGAAGCGGAAAUGAUUCCAUCGGAACCGACUCGGUUGUCUUUGUGGGCCAAAUUUUGGGAGUUACAGGUGAAAAUGAUUUCCUCAAAUCAUGAUGUAGAUUUGGAACAUAAAUACAGCUCUGGUCCUUUGGAAUGGCCACUUAUGGACAAGAAUGUUGCUUACUGGAUCAGUCCUAAUACCAAUGCUCAGAUUCAUCUCCUGGGGAAUAUUUUCAUCUGGUAUCUCUGCACCGCUUCCCUGUUUGGUUAUUUGAGCCUGUGGAUAUUUUAUAUGCUCCGAAGACGACGUUGUUUAUUUGAUUUAAAUGAAGUCGAGUGGGACCAGUUUACAUUCACGGGUCAGCUUCUGAUUGGAGGUUUCUUAUUUCAUUACCUGCCUCACUUCGUAACGGAUCGCACCCUCUUUCUACACCAUUACCUGCCGGCCUUCCUCUUUCAGGUGAUCACCUGUGCUGCUCUCUUUGACCAUUUCAUUCUCAUAUCUGCCAGGUUUGUUCCUUACCUGAGCAGUUUUGUGAAAUAUCUUAUCGUCCUCUUGGUACUUGUAGCUCUGGGUGUUUUUCUUUAUUUCUCUGCAUUCUCCUAUGGCAAUAUUCCCCUAACAGCUGCAGACAUUCAACAGAUGUCUUGGAAAGACAGUUGGGAUUUUCUGGUGCGUGUUAAAUUAAGAUAAAAACAUUUAUAUUCUUUAAAUAUCCCCUACUUCAUCUUCAUCACUUUUCUCCCCCACCUCACAAUUGUUACAUCACCUGUGUUUCCAUAGGUAAUAAUGAGAAGAUAAGGUGACGAUGUCUUGAUGUUCUGGUCACUUAAAAACUUUAAUAUCUCCAUGCAACGAGUCUUUUAAUAUGAACCAAAGUAACAACCACAAGAUUGUCAGUUGAUAUUUUAGUGGUUUCUCAUUUUCUGGUUUCCCUGUCUUUUCGAUCUAGUUUAACAGAAUUUCAUCUUCAGAAAAAAAUGUUCACUUUGUUUUAGAAAUUGUAAGGUAAAGAAAAUAUUGGAAAAUAUUCUGACUCUAAAAACAAUAAGCUGAAGGUAGCAAAGACUGUUUGACCAACUGAGCUUCUUGCAACACUUCCUGGCUCUAGUUUGUCUAGGAAUUCUGCUACAUGAAAUGCGUAAUAUAUAAGUGAUAUCUGACCAUAAUGUAAAUCUCCAGUUAAAGAUAUAUCUAUGUCAUUAGCAUAAAUUAAGUUAAAAUUAACAUAAAAUUAUAGUUUGUUACUUUGAAAUUAAUAA